AAGGUGGUCUUCAAUUUAAAUUUUGGGACAGAAUUCUCGUUGGUAUUUCAGAUGCCUUAUUUUCAUAAUUCCAAUUUAAAAUUAGAUGAUUUUUUUCUGAUUUUAAAUUGAAUUGUUCCUGAUAUGACAUGGCAUACGACAUGUUUUUAAUAAUUAUUUUUAAUAUUUCUGUGGAUUUACCAAAAAUUCAAAACCUUCCUUGGUUGGAUUGCACCAGCGCGAUUAUCAAUGUACAAUUCCGGGUGCAAUAAUUUGGGGACUGCCCACGAAAUGAGCCACCGCUCCCCACUUUUGACCUUUUUUUCAACUUUCUAUACCCCACCACCAGCCUGUCCAACAGUCAUAAAGCACCGUAACUCUCGGCCUCGGCCUAAGUAUCCACUAACCAGUUUGAACCUAUUAUUGUUUCGCCGAUCAACCAAAGUAGGGAAAGGCAAAAUGAAAUCUGCAUUAACUCCAUUCAUCGGCUUCCAGCUUACCGUGCUCUUCACUCUGCAACUAAACCUACUUCCCGCUGUUUCCCUCCCCUGCCGCAGCUUCUGCGGCACCAUUCCGGUGAAGUACCCGUUUGGAGUCGACGAGGGCUGCGGAGCACCGCAGUACAAGGGAAUGCUGAACUGCAGCACCGACCUUUUCUUCCUGACACCCUCCGGGAACUACAAAGUCCAGGCCAUCGACUAUGACAAGAAGACAAUGGUGGUCUACGACCCAGCCAUGUCCACUUGCUCCAUUCUCCAACCCCACCACGACUUCCUCAUGUCCGAUAUCCAGUCCGCGAUGAUCCCUCCGGCGUCGGAUACCGUCUUUGUCCUCCUCAACUGCUCCAUCGACUCGCCUGUUCUCAACCACUACAAGUCUCUCUGCUUCAACUUCUCCGGCCACUCCUGCGAUGAGCUCUACAGCGCCUGUACCUCGUUCAAGCUUUUUCACCUCCUCUCCAACAGCUCUCCGCCGUGUUGCUUCACGGGCUACGAUACUGUGAAGUACAUGAGCAUGAAUAUACUGGACUGUUCUCAUUACACUUCUGUGUAUGACACCGAUGGGUUGAAGGGUAUUGGGCCAUUGGACUGGUCGUAUGGUAUUAAACUUUCGUAUGCCAUUCCAGACACUGGGUGCGAACGCUGCACGAGGUCUGGAGGGACUUGUGGGUUCGACACACAGACUGAAGGAACGCUGUGCAUUUGCUCGAGCUCCACGAACUCUACGAGAGAAUGUGCUGGAGGCAGUCUCGCCAGUACGGAAGGAAGCCAGAGUCCAUUGAAGAGAUCGUUCCGAGUUUUGCUUUGGGUCUUGGCUGCAGUACUGGGUGUGGUUUUGUGAUGAUGGCAAUUUUGUGAUAUAAUCACAUUUUGAGGCUUUUUAGGAAUGAGAAAAGUGUUUCCUUUGCUUUGCUUACAUCGGGUCGGGUUUGCGGUCAAUCCCAACCCAACUUAAAUCAAAGAACGCUAUGUCUAGAUUCUAAUUACCUAAAUACAACUCACAAUUUUAUUUAUUUAUUUUUUCGGAUUGAGUGAUGUUAAAU